UCAGGUUUGUUUUGAGGUUCACUUGUAUGGUAGGAUAAAAGUAAUGGGCAGAUCAAGAUCCCGUGAACGUGAUAAAAAAAGAUCACGAACUCAUCGCUCCCGUUCACGUGAAAGAAGAAGAUCAAAAGAGAAGAAAACCAAAGAUAAAAGACGAUCACGGUCUAAAGAAAGAGAUAAAAAAAGAGUUCAUAAGUCACGUUCCCCUGAAACAAACACCAAGGUGAAAAUUGAAGUUAAACAAGAGGAAGAGGUGGAAGAUGAAAAAGAAGCUCCCAAUAAAAAGGUUGUACCACUAAGUCUAGAGGAAAUGCUGCUUAAAAAGAAAACUGAGGAAGCUGCUGCAGCAAAACCAAAAUUUUUAACUAAAGCAGAGCGAGCUGCUGCUGCAUUGGCUCGAAGACACGAACUAGUUGAACAACAAAAAAAGGAGAUGGAAGAAUUAAGACAGAAACAGCGAGAGAUUUUUAACGAAGGAAAGAAGCAGCUUGAGGAUCCCAGAGAUCGAGAACGGAGGGAGAGAGAAGAAAGGAGAAAGAAACGAGUAACUGGGGGAAACCCAUCGGAAGAGUUUAGAAGAAUGGAUAAAGAUUCUGAAAAAGAAUUGGAGGCAAUAAAAGAUCGUUAUCUUGGAGUUGUAAAGAAAAGAAAAAGAGUUCGACGUUUAAAUGAUCGGAAAUUCGUGUUUGACUGGGAUGCUGGAGAUGAUACCUCGGUUGAUUAUAAUCCAAUAUACAAAGAAAAACACCAAGUUCAUUUAUAUGGACGAGGUUUUAUUGCUGGUAUUGAUGUCAAGUCUCAGAAAAAGCAACAAUCAGAAUUUUAUAAUGAAAUCAUUGAGAAGCGAAGAACUGACCAGGAGAAAGAGCAGGAGAAGAAACGACAAAAGAAUUUACAAAAAAAGGAACGUAAACGUCUUUAUGAUGACCGACAUUGGACUAAAAAAGACCUCGGUGAAAUGCAAGAACGAGAUUGGCGGAUCUUUCGGGAAGAUUACAACAUCACGACUAAGGGAGGAAAUAUUCCUGACCCGAUCCGAAAUUGGAAGGAAUGUGGUGAUCUUCCUCCAGAGAUUGUGGAAGUCAUUCAUAGGAUCGGAUACAAGGAUCCCACUCCAAUUCAACGUCAAGCUAUACCAAUUGGAUUUCUGAAUCGCGAUAUUAUAGGUGUUGCUGAAACCGGUUCGGGGAAAACUGCAGCAUUCCUCAUUCCCUUGCUAGCAUGGAUCACAUCUCUGCCCAAGAUUGAACGGUUAGAAGAUGCUGAUAAAGGUCCCUACGCGUUAAUUCUUGCUCCAACGCGAGAACUUGCCCAGCAGAUUGAGGAAGAAACUAUUAAAUUUGGGAAAGAAUUGGGAAUUAGAACUGUUGCUGUCAUUGGGGGUCUUUCAAGAGAAGACCAAGGUUUUAAAUUACGUAUGGGCUGCGAGAUAGUGAUUGCCACACCAGGUCGGUUGAUAGAUGUGUUGGAGAAUCGUUAUAUUGUACUCAGCCAAUGCACAUAUGUUGUACUUGAUGAAGCAGAUCGAAUGAUUGACAUGGGUUUUGAACCAGACGUGCAAAAGAUAUUAGAUCAUAUGCCUGUGACCAAUCAAAAGCCGGAUGACGAGUCUAUGGAAGACAAAAUAAUAAUGAAAUCAAAUUUUCUCACAAAGCACAAGUAUAGACAGACAGUGAUGUUUACGGCAACAAUGCCAGUAGCUGUUGAACGACUUGCUCGUUCAUAUCUUCGCCGCCCAGCUAUUGUUUAUAUUGGAUCAGCAGGAAAACCAAUUGAACGUGUCAAACAAAUUGUUUACCUUGUUAAAGAAAAUGAAAAACGCAAGAAGCUACUUGGUUUACUGGAAAAAGGUAUUACACCUCCGGUGAUAGUUUUUGUCAAUCAGAAAAAGGGGUGCGAUGUGUUAGCCAAGUCCUUGGAAAAAAUGGGGUACAACUCAACCACUCUGCAUGGAGGAAAAGGUCAAGAACACAGAGAAUUAGCUCUAAGCGGAUUAAAAAAUGGAAGCAAAGACAUAUUGGUGGCAACUGAUGUUGCCGGGCGAGGAAUUGAUAUUCAAGAUGUCACACUUAUCAUAAAUUUUGACAUGGCAAAGAACAUUGAAGACUAUACUCAUCGGAUUGGGCGAACGGGAAGAGCAGGAAAGACUGGAACUGCAGUAACAUUCCUUACUCAAAGUGAUUCAGCUGUUUUCUAUGAUUUACGCCAAGCAUUAAUUGAAAGCCCGGUUUCUUCGUGCCCACCUGAGCUUGAUCGACAUCCAGAAGCUCAACAUAAGCCAGGAACAAUUCUUACAAAAAAACGGAGAGAAGAAACAAUUUUUGCCUAGCAAACCAGAUCUGAAAAUCAUCCUCAAACUUCUGCUUUUAUGUAGUGUUUAAAAUGCCUGCCAUUGUGGCCAUUUAGUAAAAUUGAAAUGUAUAUUAUUGGAAUUGUGAAAUUUAAUUGUUUAAGAUACAUAACGAAUCUAACUUACGAAACCGGCAACAACAGUAGUUAUAGCAUGGUCGUUUAGUUGUGAAUUAUCACAUAUGGCAUAUGCAAUGGCUGAUAAACCAUAACGUUUAGAGUUUUUUACUAUGAUUCUUUGUGGGUGAGGUCCUUGUGAAGUACCGCUCCAUUCGGAUUCCAACUACAACACAGUCCAACCAACUACAUCUCCAACCCUCGUGUCACUCAUAAACUACCACACUUUCCAA